GGGAGUGAAACGAGUGGGACCGAACCUGGGAGCGGGGCACAAUGGCGGCGGGGUCUGGCGUUUCAAUGCCGAGCGGUAGCCCUGCGAGAGAACUUUCGCUCUCUGUUCAGCAAGCAGGGAAUCCGAUUCAUGGGGAUCGGGUCAAACCCGAAGAGGUGACGGAAGCCGAGAAGCAGAACCGCAAGGCUGUUCUGUUGGAGAGGCUUCAUGCCAAACACAAUGCUUCACGCCCAUGGCAGGAGACUUGCAAGGUUGUUCGUCAGGCAAUGGAAAAACGUGGUGCAAUGAAUUCUGCAGGUCACCAGCUCUUGCUCACAUGCCUGGAAACCCUGCAGAGAGCACUGAAAGUGUCUACGCUCUCUUCCAUGACCGAUCGUCUAGAAUCCAUAGCUCGACAGAACAUGCUUGGAUCUCACCUGAGCACAUCAGGAACAGACUGCUACAUCACAUCAGAUAUGUUCUAUGUGGAGGUGCAGCUGGAUACAAAUGGCCAACUAGUGGAUGUCAAAGUGGCUCAUCAGGGAGAAAACCCUACGAGUUGUCCUGAGCUGAUUCAACAUCUAAGGGAGAAGAGUUUUGAAGAGUUUUCCAAGCAUCUUAAGGGAUUGGUUGAGUUAUACAAGCUCCCUGGAGAUAAUAAGCUGAAAACCAAGAUGUACAUAGCACUACAGUCUUUGGAGCUUGAUCUCACUAAGAUGAUGCACAUGUUCAGGUUAGCAACUAAUGCUAAUACUGUGGAGACUAUACUCCAUGGCAGUGUGGGUCUUUUGACAGCUAGAAGUGGUGGCCAUCUUGUUUCUCUUCAAUGUUAUGUUUCCCCUUAUGACAUAUUUGAGGAGGGAACAGGCACACAGCUUAACUUAACAGACAACAGUGUGCCUCGUUCUCUGGGUGUUAGUGUCUCUGUGACAAUCGAGGGAACCUCCGCCAUUUACAAGCUACCAAUUGCUCCACUCAUCUCAGGAUCCCACCCAGUGGACAACAAGGGAACCCCAUCCUUUUCCACUGUGACUAAUAGCAACUGUGUGGACCUACCAGCUUGUUUUUUUCUCAAAUUGAACCGCCCCAUGCCUUUUUCAUUGUCCUUUGUUCAAAGGAUGAUUGCUGUGACUUCAAUUCCAGUCUUUGAGACAUCACCCAGCCUUUCACCUCUUUACCAGUUGAUUGUCCAAAGCCAACUCCAACUUCUAGAGGAGGGCAGCUCUGCAUCACAGCCUGCUCAUAACAUGCACUUCUAUUCUGUGCUACCAGAUCAGCAGCACUGUUACUUCCUGAAUGGUGAUGCUCCAGUGCAAGAUGGUCAUUCUCUCCAGGGAGCACUGGUUUCCAAAAUUCCCUUCCGCCACCCAGUAGAAGUUCCACCCUUAUUGGAUAUUAUCCGUCACCAGGCAGCUCAUAAUACCCUAAUUGGUAGCUGUGUGAAAAGAACUUCUAUCAAAGAAGACACUGCUGGCCUGCUUCAGUUUGAAGUAUGUCCUCUUACCGAUUCAAGUUUCAGCGUCUCUUUCCAGCAUCCAGUAAAUGAGUCACUAGUCUGUGUGGUGAUGGAGGUGAUUGACUCCAGACAGGUCUGCUGUAAGCUAUAUAAAGGUGUAUCAGAUGCUCUGAUCUGCACUGAUGAGUUUAUUACCAAAGUAGUUCAGAGGUGCAUGUCUAUUCCUGUAACCAUGAGGGCCAUUCGUAGGAAAGCAGAGACCAUUCAAGCAGACACUCCAGCCCUCUCACUAAUUGCACAGACAGUGGAGAUCAUGGUGAAGAAUAACUUGCCACCCUCUGGUAGUCCCACCUACAAUAUGACAGUAGGUGAUGGAACAAAUCCCAUGGGGCUUCCUGGGCUCACUGGAGGCAGCACACCUACUGGAGGACCCCCUGGGGGACCAAACUUUACAGGUCCAAGUACCUCUCUGUUUGGUAUUUCCCGAACGGACAGGCAAGCUCAAGGAGGAGAGUGCCUAAACCAAGGGGGAGUGGCUAGCCAGCAACAAUUGCAGCAGCAGCAGCAGCAACAACAACAACAACAACAACAAGGUCAAGGACAUUCAGAUGAUUAUAGUAAAGUCACCCAAAAUCCAAUACUGACAAGUUUGUUACAAAUAACUGGAACUGUUGGUUCAAGUCCUAGCUCUCAAAAUGCACCACCGCCCCACCAAACUCCACCACCUACAUCAUCUCCUGCCAGCAACACUAAGAAUCAUCCAAUGUUGAUGAACUUGUUGAAAGACAACCCCACACAGGAUUUUGCUGCACUGUAUGGUUCGAGUCCGUUAGAGAGGCAGAAUUCAUCCUCUGGUUCCCCAAGGACAGAGGGCAUUGGUGGAACUUGCCCUGGUGGUAAUACAAAAGCAAAGAAAAAGCGUCCAAGAGUAGCAGAAAAGGGAGGUGUUAUACCUGGAGCUGCUGGAGGUGGAGGAUUAGGCAUGAAAUCACAAGCGUCUACACUACCACAGCACCACCAGCACCAUCCUGUCACUCAUGAGGAUGAUUUUCAUCGUGAGCUUUUGUCGAUGGACGUUGACGCUUCUCAAAAUUCUAUCUUCGAUGUUAACCUACCUGGUGAUGGCUUAGACACACCUCAUAGCAUCACUCCGGCACCCAGCCAGUGUGGAACACCACCAUCUGGUCCAAAUAUGCCUUAUUCCCAAUCGCAUGUCCCUUCUCAGCAACCAACAGGCACUGGACCACCACGCAUGGUUCGCCUGUCUAGCUCUGAUAGCAUUGGACCUGAUAUUACUGAAAUAUUAUCAGAUUUGCCUGAGCAGACAGGCAAGGGAAGUGGUGGCAGCCAUGGGCAGCACCCCAUAGGCACUGGGGAAGAUGGAGGCCCCUUGGGUACUCCCAUUCGUGACUCCUCCAGUUCUGGUCAGGGCAGUGCAGUGUUUGAUUCGGCAGACAUUUUUAAUACCAACAGCAAUGAGAAUCCUUUUACAGAUCCUGCUGAACUGAUUGCUGAGGCAACUGCAACUGCUGCCACUCCCACCAGUGAUUCUUCUUCCACCAAUUUCUUCCCUGAUGCUGCUGAUUUCAAUCCUGAACUUCUUGCCUCAGGCCAUGGCUUUCCCCAGAACUACUUUGAAGAAAGCUCUCCUAGCGCGGAUGGUGAUAUGGACCUAGUAAAGGGCUUUAGUGGAGGUAGCCAACAGAAUACUCCAUCAGGAACUCCUCAGAAUCCCACUCCACAUGGACAGAGCACCCCUGAGCCCUCACUAAAAGACCCUUUUGAUUUAGGCAUAGUCUUUGGAGGCAAUAGUGGUGGUGGUAAACCACUUAUGGGGCAAGCUCCAGAUAUAGGAGACACACAUGGUGGAGGCUCCCAGAGUCCUCUUCUGAUGAGCAUUGGAUCAGCAUGCGUUGACUACAAAAGUGCAGAACCCAAAGUAAGACCGCAACAGGGACUCAUGCGUUCAAAGGAUGACAAUAGUGGUAGUGGAGGAAGCACUACUGGGAUGGGAAUCGGCAGCAGUUCCACAGAGGGCAAACAGGUAAAACGAAGCAGAACCCCAUCCAGUGAAGGAAAGUCUAAAGAUAAGCCUCCCAAGCGCAAAAAGCUGGACCCAGAUGGGAAAUCCCCCUCUCAUAGCUCAGGGGGUCGCCCAUAUACACCUCCUAGUGGUGGGUCAGGCUCUGGUGGAAGCAUAAGUGGAGGAGGCUCAAAGUCUCCUGGUAGUGUAGGGCGAUCUCAAACUCCUCCAGGUGGCGCUACACCCCCAAUUCCCAAAAUUACAAUUCAGAUCCCAAAAGGUACAAUAACUGGGGGUAAAACUUCAUCCCACAGUGGAUACACGUCUAGCAGCUCUGCCUCAAGCAGCACAGGAGGAGCUGGAGGAACAAGCAGCAGCAGCAAAAGCCAUCAUUCUCAUUCAUCUUCAUCUGGCAAAGUCAAAACGUCCAAGGAAGGCUCAAUGACACAAGGCACCAGCUCCAAGACAGGAAGUUCAGGAGUAGGUGGUGGAAGUGGGUCAUCCCAGUCUAAAGGAUCUUCACAGGGAAUUGGCGUUGGCAAACCAGGAUCAUCCCCAAUCACAAAACCUGGGUUGUCUGGACCUGGAGGUAGUGGUGGUGGAAUUGGAAGUAGUAAUAAAAUAAAACCUCAAGGAGGCAAACCUCCUGGGUCUCUAAUGAAUCCCAACAUGAAACCCAACAUCUCACCUUCUCAUUCUCGUUCUAAUAGCUCUAGUGAGAAAUUGUCCUCUCCUAUGAAAAUGCAGCAGUCUCAGGUUCCUGGAACACCACCUUCUUCCAAGGCUAAAUCACCAAUGGGUUCAGGAGGUAGCAGUUCUGGAGGGUCGAAGUCGUCAUCCACUGGAGGAAUGACCUCACAGAAACCGAUGGGUGGGAGCUCCUCAUCUGGUUCUACAUCAUCCACGUCAUCCUCUGGUUCCUCCUCGUCUUCGGGCUCCUUGAACUUUCCAGGCGGUUCCCAGGCUCAGUAUGGGAGCUCUGGAGGUGGAAGUGGAGGGGGUGGAGGCACAGGAGGAGGAGUUGGAGGAGGAAGUGGGGGUGGAUGUAGUGGGGGGGCUGGUCAGAACAAUGCAAAUAAUCCCAAUGCCAAGGGGAAAUCCCCUAGUCGAAACAAAAAACCAUCUCUUACAGCAGUCAUAGAUAAACUAAAGAGUGUGGGGGGUGGAGGAGUAGGGGAGGAUGGUUGUGAAGUUGGGCCACCAGUACCGGGAAGUGGUUCAGGAUCCACACCAGGUGUUGGUUCUGGAAAUAUCCCCAACACUGUACCUUCAAACAUUGGUCCUUCCAAGCAUUCCUCCUCUUCCCAAGGUGGGGAGUAUAAGAGGGAAAAGUCUGAUAAAGAGGCUAAAGUAAAGGUUCCAGGGGUAAACAUUGGAGAUAAAAAGCUGAUGGAUCCAAAAACCGGAGGAGUGGGAGCAACUGGUUUGGCCAAAAUUAUCAUUAGCAAACCUGAUGGUGGCUCACCAAGCAUUAAAGCCAAAGUGACCCUUCAGAAAGCAGGGGAAGGAUCUGGUGACUCUAUGCGUCCUCAGAUUUCUAGCCUCAAAGCUUCUCCCCUCUUCAGCGGCUCUACACCCAAGCAUGAUCGCUCGUCCCCAAGCCACAGCCGAUCGCCAGGAUACACCCCCUUCAACCACGACAGUGAAAGCGAAUCAGGAAGCAGCUCUGUGGCUGAGAAGUCUCACCAGAACAGCCCCAGUUCUGAUGAUGACCAGACAAUGCGUCCCCUACCCCCCCAGGAAUACUUGAGUUCAAUUCCCCUUAGUUCAGGCGAGAAGCACAAGAAACAUAAAAAGGAGAAGAAGAAACAGAAAGACAGGGAACGAGACAGAGAACGAGACAGAGACAAAGAUAAAAAGAAGUCAUCAAUGUCUAUGGGCUCAUCGUCACACCCCAUAAAGGCAGAUAGUUGGUCAAGGUCACCAAUCUCAGCUCCAGAGUCCUCGUUGUCUAUGCUGGGUUCUGAGCGUCCAUCCCGACCCAGUCCCAUGUAUAUGAGAAAUGAAGAUGAUGACCUCAUGGACUCUGCCCUCACCGGCAAUCUUUAAUUUUGUUUAUUUUAUUUGAAUUUUUUUGUUUUGCAUUUUAACCCAUGCCAUUUAAGAAAACAAACAAAUGCAACCUCUAUUUAUUAAACUCCAGCUACAAAUUGGAACUAAAAAUACACAAACUAUUAAGAAGUGUGUGUUAGGUCACGUCCUAUUUUAGCGUGUGUGUAAUGUUGCUACACUUCAUCCACCCUCAAGUACUGGCUUCCUUAAGCUUCAUUAAGGAAAUAGUUUUAAAAAGUAUACUUUGCAAACUGAAGUUAAAUUUCUUUUGUGAUGUCAAAAGGUCUUUAUUGUUAGUAAAUAUUACUUCAUUUUUUACAUUUAAUACAUGUGCCUCUGUUGAAACAGUCAUUAAUGCAACUAAACUGUAUAUUUUUAAAAUAAGUAUGAUGUCUGUUAAAGAACAAGUAUUUUGGUGCAAGAAUGGUACAGUGUUCAGUUGCUUUGUUUUUCAGAUUCAUCUGGGAAUUUUUAGAUUUUGAUACAUUUUAAACUGUUGAUGUGUAAAUUUGUGUAGGUAAGGAAGACUGUAACUGAUGAUUAAUGAUUGAGCAAAGAGACACGCUGGUAAUUUUUUAACUGUAGAAAAGUUGUAAGGUUAAAAUAAACUUUUCGCUUCUGGAAAA